AUGCCCGCCUCCAAGCUCGUCACUGUCUAUGGCGCCACUGGCGUCCAAGGUGGUAGCGUCGUCAGCUCUCUGCUCCAGAACAAGACGGGAGACUUCUCUGUUCGCGCCAUCUCCCGCAACCCAGAGUCCGACAAGGCCAAGGGCCUUGCCAGCCGAGGUGUUGAGGUUGUCAAGGGUGAUGGCUUCUCCAAAGAGCAGAUGCUGGAGGCCUUCAAGGGGAGCUGGGCCGCCUUUGUGAACACGAACUCUACCGAUCCGAACCUCAACCAGCCCGAUGGCCUGACGGAGAGUGGACUCGGCAAGAUCAUCGUUGACGCUGCAUUCGAGGCCGGUGUCCAGCAUCUCCUCUAUAGCGGCCUGGCUUCCGCCAGCGCGGCCACCAACGGUGUCAUUCCCUGCCGCGACUUUGAAGAGAAAUACGCCAUUGGGGAGUAUGCCAAGACCAAGGGAUUCAAGAGCGUUGUCAUCAUCAGCAUGGGUUGGUACAUGGAGAACCAUAUUAUUGAGGAGAACGCCGAUCUGAUGGGCGGCUUUCCGUUCCACCCUGACGCCGAGGGAUACCUCACGCUCCAGAUGCCCGGCUGGGGUGGCGACGGCAACGUGCCUUGGAUUGCCGUGGACGAGGACUACGGCGACAUUGCCCAUGGCGUGUUGCUCGACCCGGAGGCUUACAAUGGCCGCUUGGUCCAGACAAUGAGCCAGCUCGCCAAGCCCGGGGCCCUGGUCGACGAAUUUGCCAAUGUGACGGGCAAAAAGGCGCGGUUCGUCGCCGUGGACGACUGGAAGAAGUUUGAGACCUAUGGCAGCCCCGAUCUCGAGUCGAUCAAGAACAUGUUUGGCUUCCUCGAGCUUUCUGGCGGAAAGUACUACGGCGAGGCCUAUGACCUGGAGCCAGCCAAGAAGCUCAAGGCCAAGGCCGCGGCCGCCAAGGGUCGGGCGGAGGGUGAGCGCGGACUGACGACCUUGAAUCAGUUUGUCCGCAAGCACUUUUCUUCGUAG